AUGGCGCAGCAUCAUACAACUGAGGAGGCUUCUCAGCGAUAUAUCAAGGGGAAUGUGGCGAAAGGCAACAUCACAUAUAGCCAGAAAAAUAUGGAUAUGCUCUUCAAGGAGGCUGAUGCUGACAUGAAUUGCAGUGUGCCUGCAGCAUUGGAAGUUUGCCAUUUACCUGCAGAGGGUGAUGUUCACCAUGAACCAAAUUUUGAUGCUCUCGAAUCGCAUGACAUGAGAGAGCCUGCGUCUGGUGAAAUAAUUAUGGAGGCUGUGGGCUUUACGCAGGGAGAUCAUUCUUUGAAGAGUAAAGAGAAGAUGAAACUGCAUGCAUUAGCUCAUGUACUAGAUCAAAAGUGUUUCCUCCUCUCUCGCACGGGUGCAAAUUUUGUGGUGGAUAAUGAUCCUGGGUUAAUGUCAUAUCUGUUUCCACAUCUUGAUCCCUGGAAUAUUGGGGGAUUUAAUCACUGUGGACGUACAUCGAAGCAACAGUUGUCCAUGGAAGUUAAGGAAGGACGCAAAAUUUGCGUUUAUCUGCUGAAAUAUGAUACAAAAGAAGGAAAUAAGCAGAAAUACUUCAUUUCGAGUUAA